UUGCUACUCUGCUCAGUUCAACAACGCUCCUCGAUCUCAUCGUCUCGCCAUCACCCCGUUCGCCAUGCGACUGGAGCUGCCAACUGCGGCACUGUUAUGUUGCAUCGUUGGGCUCCUCAGGCCCUCCAUGGACCGGCGGGAAGGUGUGGCCCUCGCCCUGGCCACGACACUCGGUCUCCUCAUCUCCGUUCUGGAAUACUGUCUAACAACGUCAGCCCACUUCGAUCGUCCAGCUCUCAUGCGUGCGCUGUUUGGCGGGGGCGCACGCGCACUCACCGUUGCCCUUGUUCACAUCGUCGUCGGUCGUACCUUCCUCCUGCCGUUUGCCCCCAAUGUUGUGCCCAGGCCACCAAGGAGUAAACUGCCUCCCCCUCCUCCAAAAGUCGAUACGCUCGUCCGCCACCCAGGUGCUGCAGCAGCGUGCCUUGUCGUUCUCGCAGGCGGGACUCACCUCUUUGUCGGCGUGCCAGGAUACGCUUCACUGGGCGCAGUCGUCAUGGCUGUAACCCCGUUUCUUGCAGCGCUCUUACUGGCAGGUGCGCGAGUGGCCAAGCUCGACGCAAUCGUCCUGGCCGUCACUAUCCCCAUCCUUUUCGUCUCAUCCACACUCGCCCGUGAUGGGCAACUCAUGGAAUGGACGAUGGCAGGCGUCAACAAGCAACUCCCUGGCCUCCAAGCUGACACCAUUGCACGUGAUGUCCUCUCCGCCCUCGCCACGACCUUCUUGCUUCACCUCGUUGCGCACGUCCACGUCCUCCUCUUGUUGAGCCCAUCACUCCCUCCCACCCCACCGGCCAACCUUGUGGGCCAUAUCACUCUGUUGGCACGCGUCGUCGCUAUACCUCCAAUGACCGAUACCCGAGUCUUACUCGCUCUGAGAGAGGCGCCCCCGCUACCACCACCCUUGCGGCUGGCGGCACUAGCCGUGCCUCGUGAGCUGCGAAUCGCUUUAACGGCCGUGUACUGGUGGUAUGCCACCACGGCCGCUUUUGCACGAGAUAUCCCCGCCAUCGACGACUACGAAACCAUGCACAGAGCCCGCGUGGGUACUUCGUUCUUCAUCCGCUACCAUCUGAUAGGAUGCUGGGACCAAUGGACUGCUCUCGACAAGGCCAACCUCCUUCAUCAGGGGUCAGUGGACCCAGCCCAGCAAGCUCCUUACUACCUCCUCGGCGCGAUAGUGCCCCGCUUGGCUCCCGCUUGGCCUUUCUUCGAGAUUGUGAAUGGAUUAAAGGAAGAUCUGCGCUUCCUUCCCGUUCCACUUUUGACCCAGAGGGACGAUCUCAAAAAACACAUGUCUAUUGACACCCCAUCCCACCUCGAGAAGUACGUUUCCGCAAUAGGGGGUGCAAGCGCCGCUAUUGCCUGCUAUCUUGCCUGGAGUCUCCUCGAGGACCACUCGUCCUCACCGCUCACGCCGGCCGCUGCACACAGCUGGUCAAAGGCUGAGCAUCCAUUUACCGGACUGCCCAUUCCCGAGUGGCCAGCCGGAAUGCCGGUCCGCACCUUGCUUCGCGCGGACACUAUUCGGAAAGCCCGCAUCAUGGGGCGUGGGAUGCUCCUCGUCUCGAUUGCCGCGUCCGCCAGUGCAGACUGCGCCCGUGGUCGCGUCUACCUCCCCUUGUCCACCUUCAAGGGAGCUGACGAGCUGGCAGAUGCGCUGCACGGCCGAGGCGUACCAUGGCACACCCUUGUUCCCGUGCUCAGAAUGGCAGAGAGCGCGCGUGAGGAAGCGGAAAACAGCAUCAAAUCAUUGCCAAAACCCGUCCGCGCCGCUGCACGCGCUGCGGUAGCCGCCACGUAUGUCCCUGCCUGUUGUCUAUGGAACGGGGCUGGCGAGACGGAUAAGCCCUGUACGUGCAGUCUCAAUCGCGCGGCUCUACGGGCCAUCUGGGGGUGACUGGCGUAUUCUACGUGUCUGUCGCUGUCGGUCCACUCAUCGCGAGUUCAUGUCUUCACGAGCCACCUCACAGUUUCUCCGUACACUUCCAUUGUAUCCGCUAUAUAGCAAUGUACCGCUGCGCCGCGUAGCAUAUAUUCAAG